UCUCCCUGAUGGGAAGUUUCAAGCCAUCUGCAGUGCUCUGCAUAACCAGAUCUGUUCUCAAGCUAGGCCACUCAGCAUGGAAAAUCACACAGAGCUGGUCCAUUGUGUAGUUCAACUAGCCCGUUCUUCUCCAGAGGAUCUGAUAGCCUUUCUGCACUCACAGCUGAAGAUUAAGAAUGAGGCUGUUUGUGUGACCUCUUUGAAGCUGCUCAGAGCUAUUGUUGAUGCUGACUUGCCUGAGACAAGACCGAAAAAGUGUCUGAUUGUGAAGGCAGUGAAAUCCACUUUCAGUGAUCAGAAUGCUACGGUGAGGAAGGCAGUUCUUCAUUUCAUCCAGAGGCUGCUCAGCUUACAAAGUGUGGAGAACUGUGCAGCUUGGGAUAUGGUAGCACAUGUUUUCACGGAGUUCAGUGUGUCCACCAGCAAACUGGCUAUUCCGGAAGAAAACAUGAUCCAAACCCUGUGCACUGACAUCCUGCAAUGUCUGGACACCUCGGUCACUGGAAUGACCCAAGUGUUAUGGCCAAGGCUUCUCGAAUAUGUGGUGCCAGUUCAGUACACUGGUACUUUGAAGCCUCUCUGCAGAUGCCUUAGGGAGCUGGCUGAGAAAAAGCAGCAGGAAGGAGAAGAAGCUGCUUGCCUUGACUACGGUGGACCAGUGAAACUCCCUAGACCCCAGGGGCUGCUGGCACGACUCCUGGUAGUAGCCUCGUCCCCUUAUGCAGGAGAAGGACACGGAUGUGCUGCCUUGCAGUUACUACAGGCCCUGCACCAAAAUAUCCAUGUAGCAGUGGGUGAGAUGUGGGGAGUAAAGAUCCCAUCUCUGCUGCAGUACAUUGAAGGUAAAGUGCUAGUUAGGAGGAGUGCGGUCCAUGGAGCAUAGAAGGGAAGCCAGAAAAUGCAGCUUCGUAUCGACACGUGUUGUGCCAUUCCUGUUGCAGUAUGUGGGAACAGUGGGGAAUUGAAAUUGGGCUUCUAGGCCCUCACUUUUCCUUCAUCUGGAUAACUGUGAACCACUGGGCUAAAUCUAGAGUUAAACCACUGAAGCCAAUUCAAUCCGGGCAGAAUCAG